AUGCUUGAUGACGGCCUGACAAACUGGCGGCUCGUCUGCACCAGGUGGACACUAACCAAAAUCAUUGGAGAGGUCAUUAUAUGCUCUAUACAGCCAAUACCUAAUUUCAUGAACCAAAUAAAUGGAUUUAAUACUACAAAUUCCAAACUCAAAACUGCUGUUACCCAGUCGAAUCAGAACUAUGACCCUGGAGAUCACGAUAACCAUGAAGGUUCUUAUAACAGUGAAGUUCCCGUCAAUGUUAUACUCUCUCUGAUGAUGUUCUGUCGCUUUUAUCUUAUUGGUCGAAUGGCCGUUGUUCACAGUAACAUCCUUAUCGAUUCUGCACUUCACAGCUUCAGCGCUCUAAGCAAAGUGACCAUCAAUGUCCAGUUCGUUUUCAGAGCUCUAAUGUCCACCCACCCCGCCUGGGUCUUGAGUUUAAUCAUGCUCACCAUUUUUGUAUUAGCAUCCUGGGCGAUGCACACCUGUGAAAAAUUCGCUUCUAAUAAAAGUGACCAAUCAGCAACAACUCAGUCCAUGUGGGUGAUUGCUGUAACUUUUCUUACCGUCGGCUAUGGUGAUCUGGUCCCGGUUAGUACCUGUGGCCGCAUUAUUUCUAUAGUGACUGGUCUGUCAGGAGUUGGAAUUGUGGCUUUGUGGGUAGCAGUUUUAGCCAGAAAACUUGAACAGACCCGACCCGAAAAAUACAUAUAUUCCUUUAUCAGACGUGUUCGAUUGGAACAAAGUCGUAAACACGCGGCAGCUGAUGUGAUGAAACAAGCUGUCAGACUUUGGAAACUACGCAAAAAGGGUUAUCUAGAAGCCGACCCUCUGAUGAUUUCACAUCGACGCAAAUUCCUUCGGGCCGUUCCUGUCCAUGUAUUUUCUUCCUUUCAUUUUAUUCUUUCUUUCUUUCUUUCUUUCUUUCUUUCUUUCUUUCUUUCUUUCUUUCUUUCUUUCUUUCUGUUUCGUCCUUUAUUAUUUUCUUCCUAUUUUCCCUUUUCGCGGCUUUUAUUUUUAGAUCUUUCUUCCAUUUUAUUCCUCCAAAUUUCUUCUUUCUUCACCUCUACCAUUUUUCCUUCUUAG